AUGGCACCCUUAGCUUAUCGCUUCGUGAGAUUUUUAUUUAAAGUUUUGGCAAAUGCAUUUUAUGCAAUUGAAGUAGAAGGAAUAGAAUAUAUACCUCCGGAUGGAUGUUCGACUAUUCUCUGCCCAAAUCAUGCAAAUUCCUUGACAGAUCCUAUUUGUCUUUUGGCCGCUAUACCAAAAGACAAACGGGAUAUGAUUCGAAUGACUGCCAAAGAUACAUUUUGGCAUAAUACGGAUUUCUUUAGUAUAUUAAUCAGAAGUUUAGGCACAGUGCCUAUUAAACGAACCAAGGAUUAUAAUUAUGCUAAAGUCGAUAAUUCGGAAUCAUUUGAAAAAUUAAUAGAGAGUUUAGAACAAGGGGAUUGUGUUUGCAUGUUUCCAGAAGGGAUUAGUCGAUAUCACAGCAGGGUGGCACCCUUUAAACCUGGUGUAGCAUUGAUAGCUAGUGAGACUUUGACUCGCAAUAAAGAUAGCCCAAAUUUUUCAAUUAAUCUAUUGACAGUUUCAUUAGUAUACAUUCGUCGCGAAAAAUUUCGGUCGAAUGUUUUGGUUAAAUUCAAUCCACCGAUUGUACUUACUCCACAACAUCAAUCCCUCUUGAAAACCAUUACUUCAGAUGGUAAAAAGCGAACUAGUGAACAAGCUAUAAAUGAAUUGACAUCUGUCAUGGAGGAAACGGUUCGUUCGAAUACCCUUGAUUCACCAGACUGGCAAACUUUAAGGAUAGCACAUACUGCACGAAAGUUGUAUGCAGGCAAUCUUGGUACUAGAAUAUCUUUAGCUGAGUAUGUUCGCUUAACGAAAAAAUUUAUCGAUGCACUAGCAAAAGCUAGUGAAGAAUCUAAUGUAGGAGGUCAGUGCAACGAAAAUAAUGAGGUUAAUAAUGAAGACAAGGAAAUUAUUGUAGAGCGCGUUGAUAGCAAUGUUUUGCAUGUGGAUAAUCCAGCGUUUAAAGAAAAGAUUACACAUCAAGAUAUUGACAUUCAUACCUUAUCGAGAGAUCUGGCUGCAUAUCAAGAUCUUCUUGAUUCACAUGGAAUAAAAGAUUAUCGAUUCAGUCGUGCUAUUCCUUUGUCAAAGCCUGAGCUUAUUGGGCGUAUUUUUAUACGAGUAGUUUGGGCAUCAAUUCUUGCAACGAUCUCUUCAUUGAAUCCAAAAUCUGCUGAUACUGAGAAUUGUCCUAAUUCUCAGCUUCAAACAACAUCGGCUUCAAUUGCGACAAUAAUACCCGUUCAGAUUACAUUGAUUUUUGACUUUUUAUCCAUUAUGUAUAAAGAAUAUCAGAUUCGUAAAUUGCCCAAGGAAGAUAAUUAUGAUGAAAUAACCCAAUACAAAUUACUUAUUGCUGCAAUACUGCUUGUACCAAUUUAUAUUACGGCAGUAUUUUUGACAAUACCGUUUGCAUUUAUCACUUCGUGGCUAAUUCCUCUAUUAAUGUGGUUAACAAUUCGUUGGACAGAAGACUUAUUUCAGGCUAUGAGAUCUUGUCUCUCUCUCACAAAAUUACUUUUACUUCCUAAAGAAGAAUAUGCUCAUAUUAAAAGUAUACGUGAAAAUAUUAGAGAGAAAGUACAAAUUUUGGCGGUGAAUGAACUUGGUCUUCCGGACAAUCCUGAAGUUUUGGUGAACAAAUCAAGACCAAGAGGAAUGGGUUAUUUUUCGAUCAAAAAAAGAAGAAAGAAAGAUUACAACGAAGUUUUAAGGCUUUGGGACGUGUCAGCAUAUGAUUAA